UGAAGGAGUGCUUCCGGACACAGAAAUGGCGAUUUGUUGUAGUUUGCUGCUGGUUUUUACGUGGUUCAACCUAAAUUGUAUAUAGUAGUUAUAAUAUUUUGAUUGCGAGAGACAAAUAUCACUUUGGAAUGGAAGAUAUUAUUAGGCCGCAGAAAUAGAGGUGGCUGACACCGUACUGUACCUGUAGUAAGGUUUGCGGUUGUACUUUGUGCAAAGUAGUAAUUGAAUAUAAUAUUUUGUGUGAAAUGUGUAUUUACCCUUUUUAGACGAAUUGAAGUGAUGGCUGACGUUCAUCGUUAGCCAUUGCUGUUACUUUGCACAAUGCAUGCGUGUGUCGGGGCGUACUCCAGAUCGGCGUGUUGGCAUUUAACGCAGUCAAACCUUUUCAUUUCCACUCUCGUUUAUUCCCUUUAACUGCUAUGGAAAGUGUUCGGUGGGCAUUUCGGUGCGCUUCGUGGUCCCCGAGCCGCUCCGAGUGGUUGUUUGCUGCUCGCUGUGUGCAGCUGGAGGAGAAAGAGCGAAUCGGGCAGUUUGUCUUUGCCAAAGACGCCAAAUCUGCGAUGGCUGGGCGCUUGCUGAUUAGAAAACUAAUUAGUGAGAAGAUGGGGAUUGUGUGGAAUGAAAUUAAUCUACAGAGAACAGCCAAAGGAAAACCGUUUUUGGCCAAUCCAGCUCCCAGCUCCUGUGUGAAGUACAGCUUUAAUAUCUCGCAUCAAGGAGAUUAUGCAGUUCUUGCUGCUGAGUCAGGUCUUCAGGUUGGCAUUGAUGUCAUGAAGACCACACUGCCAGGCAGCAGUACAAUUGCUGAUUUCUUCCGGAUUAUGACCAGGCAGUUCACUGAACAUGAAUGGAAGGUGAUUAAAUCAGCAGGAAAUGAGUGGGAUCAGCUUCAUAUGUUUUACAGACACUGGGCCUUAAAAGAGAGUUUUAUAAAAGCCAUCGGGACUGGAGUGGGAUUCAAUCUGCAGAGAGUGGAGUUUCACGUGGCGCCUUUGCAGCUGAGGGUGGGCAAAGUAUAUAAAGGGACGAGAAUGUGCCUGGAUUCAGAAGAAGACGACGCCUGGGUUUUUGAGGAGAGCUUGUUAGACACUGAACAUCAUGUGGCAGUUGCACUGGGGAAACCGGAUACAAGAGGGACUACACCGAAUGUUGAUUGUUCCUCGGCAUUUUCCACUCCAGUGCCCCCAAAGUUGACCGUGUUGACCUUCAGUGAGCUCGUGUCUGGAGCGAUUCCUUUAACUGAGGAGGAUCACUCAUACUGGGAUACAUUCCAGAAAAAGCCUGCAGCCCCUGGCCGUCAGAGCGAUCCUUCCAGGUGACAGUGUGGACAGGGAAGGACUUGGGCUGCAAUGUCAGACAAGCUGUUAAAUUGUAGAAUAAAACAGACAGUAUUGACUUUCAUGUAAAUAAGGUAGUUCAAACAAGAGAAGGCAUAAAUAUAUUAAUGGAAUUUUGCUAUCUUAAACAAUACUGAUUCCUUCAUGAGAAUGUGCUUGGCACUAAUAAACACAGGUAUGUGUGAUGUCCUGGCAAUUUAAAUGUUUUGAUUCUUAAGUAAACCAUAGGUUCACAUCAGGACAUUUUAUUUAUAUCAGUCAAUGACCUUCAUAAGAACAUAAGAAAGGUUCAAGGUGAGACAACUUGAUUUUUCCUAAAUUAAAAAGAAAAUUAAGAAAUUAGACAAAUCAUGUGUUUUUUAUUAUUUUGAACAUGGCAGUGAUUCUUCAUUCGAAAUGGAGAACAUGAAGAUUUAAUUUCAUAUGGUCAACUACAAUAUAUAAGUGCUGUACAAUACAGAAAACAUACCAAUAAUGGCAUGGAUGAAUGAAAGGGAGGGGAAAAUGACACAAGUGACCUCCUAUUACAAUGGAAUUAUUUGCAACUUAAUAUGGUACAUCCAAGAUUUCUGUUAAUAUUGUGACCUAUCCACUUCAGAACAAAAAAUGCUGAUAUCAAGAAUCCAGCACAAUACUGUGUGUUUUAAAAAAGUUAUGCUAGUUUGUGUAUCAAUUACAAUUUUAACUAUGUCUUGGUAGAACUUGGUCAUUUUGAAAAAGAAAAUAAAAUCACCCAUAAAUUAACCUUC